AUGGAGACGAAGAAGCCAUGCUUGAAUGUUGUAAUGGUUCCAUGGCUAGCCCAUGGCCAUGUCUCUCCUUACUUAGAGCUUGCCAAAAGACUUGCCGACAGAAACUUCCGAAUCUAUCUAUGUUCAACUCCGAUCAAUCUGAGCUCCAUCAAGAAAAGGGUCACACAGAAAUACUCUCAAUCGAUCAAACUCAUCGAAUUCCAUAUCCCAUCUCAACCCGACCUUCCUCCCCAUUUCCACACAACAAAUGGCCUCCCACUUCACCUCAAAUCAGUUCUCAAAAGAGCCAUGGACAAGGCCAGCCCAUCUUUCACCCAAAUCAUUAAAACCCUGAAACCGGACAUACUCAUUUACGACUUCAACCAAGAAUGGGCAUCAGUCGCCGCAACAACAAUCGGGAUACCAGCAAACUAUAAUAAUAUAUUUCCAAUAGGCAUUCCGCUCUUUAGUAGAACCUGCGACAUCAUAUUCAUGAAGACGUUUGGAGAAUUGGAAGGGAAAUACAUAGAGUACGGAUCAAACCUACUUGGAAAAAAGAUAGUCCCCACGGGUCCUCUGGCUCAAGAACACGGAGACUCGGAAGAUAACAGCGAGAUCAUGGAGUGGCUUAACAAGAAAGAGGCAUCUUCAACAGUUUUCGUAUCAUUUGGAACAGAGUCCUUUUUGUCUAGAGAAGAAAUAGAGGAAGUAGCAAAAGGGUUGGAGCUAAGUAUGGUGAAUUUCAUUUGGGUGCUUAGAUUUUCCUUUGAGGAGGAGGAGAAGAUUUCAAUUGAAGAAGCACUGCCCAAUGGCUUUCUUGAGAGGGUGGGAGAUAGAGGUCUUGUAGUUGAGAAAUGGGCUCCGCAAGCUAGAAUCUUGAUGCACCCAAAUGUUGGAGGAUUUGUAAGCCAUUGUGGGUGGGGUUCUAUAAUGGAGGCCAUGACAUUUGGAAUUCCAAUUGUGGCUAUACCCAUGAACUUAGACCAACCAGUGAAUGCGAGGUUAGUAGAGGAGAUCGGUGUGGGGUUGGAAAUAAAUAGAGAUGAGAAUGGAGGGCUGAGCGGGGAAGAGAUUGCAGAGUUUAUAAGGGAAGUCAUAGUUGGUGAUGAAGAUGAGAAGAAGAUUAGGGACAAUACAAGAGAAAUGAAACACAAAAUCAAAAGUAAAGGAGAAGAAGAUAUGGAUUGUGUUGUGGAAGACUUGUACAAGCUUCACAAGAAGAAUAUUCAUGAAAAAAACAUGGAUUAA